AUGAGCUGUCCUUCGUUUCAACAUAAUCAACCCUCUCGAGCCGAAUCCUACGAAGAUUGGCUCAGCGAUUUCACUUACGAUAUCUGCGGAGAUUUGGCAUACAGCUGGAUUGGAUUGUUUGAGCCAGAAUUGAACUACUCUGGCCCAAGGCCAGCAUGGUGGCCAGGAGGUGUAAAAUUGAUGAAUCCUCGGCGCUUGUUGAAAAAGGUUUAUCAGAAGACACUUGCCAAGAUCCUUGACGCUUUCCAGGAUCAACAGACGGGCCGAAACGUGCCUCUGGAUAAGACCUUUGAGAGUCGCGAGAAAGGUAAAAGUCUCCGGUCCCAUUAUAAAGCCUUAAAGAACAUGCUACAGCCUAGCAUCAUCUUCAUUUUCAUCGUGUUCGGAAUGGCUCACUCACGCCCGAUUUCAUCAGCAACAACAAUUAGGCAAAUUGUGGAAGUGACCCCGAGUUCGCUUGAGGAUUUGGCGGACUUGACUUCCGAUUUUUGUGUUGAAUGGCUGUCAUUUUCACCGCAGGGAGAGCCGCUGGCAUUCUCAAUCAGGAUUGCCGUUUCACAGUCGCAUAGCCGCAUAGUGACGACGAUCGCACGAGGUUGGGAGGAUAUUCCUGGCAUCAUCGCAGAAAUCGAGGCCCAGUAUUUGUCGACUAUGUCUUUCGUUUGA